GUAGAGAGACGCAACAAAGUCCCAAAUUCCCAAGCGCAUUGAAAUAGGCAUUCAAGUUGGCAAGGGUACCAGACAAGGUGCUAGGUACUUGAGCUGAAAUUCAGUCACAGAUUGAGGGAACAACUGCAUGAACACCAUCCUACAUGACAGCUGCUGGGAAACUAAGAUGAGAUGACAACUUCAAAAACCAAUACAACCACAUCUGGUUUUGCUAAUAAAAGCAAAACCAGUAGGAUACAUCAUGGCCCAACUAGUCAUAAAAAAGACACUCAAGAAACUUUAAGUGUUCAACAAGCUAUAUUAUGUCUCAUUGUAAUUUUUUCUAUAGCUCUAAUGGCAUUAUACUUUGUAUACACAAAAUUUCCUAAGCUAGAAGUAUCUGAACGUGAACACAUCAAGCUGCCACGGUGCAUGGAGGAUGCUCAAAACUUGGCUCGAGUUCUGUCACAUUACAAAGACAGAUACUACGUUGUUGUCUUAACUGCUGUAUUUGUGAUGUAUAUUUUUCUUCAAACAUUUGCUAUACCAGGGUCCAUAUUUCUCUCCAUCAUUUCUGGUUUUCUGUUCCCCUCCUGGGUGGCUCUGCUGCUCAUCUGCUUUUGCUCAGCUACUGGAGCUUCAUUUUGUUACCUGUUGUCUUACCUAGCAGGCAGGCCCAUAGUCAGUAGAUAUUUCCCGAAGCGUGCACAGUCCUGGCAGGAGAAGGUUGAGAAGCAGAAAGGCAACCUGCUGUUCUACAUGAUAUUUCUGCGCAUCACUCCCUUCCUACCCAACUGGUUCAUCAACAUCACCAGUCCAGUCAUUAAUGUGCCACUGUGGCCAUUUUUCCUUGGCACUUUCAUUGGUGUUGCGCCACCCAGCCUGGUAGCCGUCCAGGCAGGCACGACGCUCUACGAACUCAUCUCCUAUCAGGACGCUUUCUCCACCACUACUGUGAUGCUGCUGGCGGCGGCAGCCCUGCUCUCCCUUGUGCCCGUGUUGCUGAAACACAAACUGCGCCAGAAGUUUGAUUAAGUGCGCAGUCAUGGCAAUUUUACGCUCAUUUGAUUCUCAUCAUGUCAAGAGUUGACCUUAUUGCCAUCAGUUUCAGCAAGCGCCGGGACUCGUUUCGUGGUUGCGGGAGUGGAGGAGCGUGCUUACUGUGACGUUCGAGACUUAGUGGGAAAAACGCUUCAACUUGCGCAAAAAUAUUUAACUUUGUGUGGACAUUUGUCGUCAAAAUUGUUAUGUUCAAAUGGUCUACUUCACUAGUCGUUAAAACUUCUAUAAGGCAAAAAUCUUUUCUUAUAGCUCAAUAUGGAUAAUAUAUGUUUCUGCCGCGUCAUGAGGUUCUAGAGUUCCUUUUUUUUUAUUUCAUUUACUCCUUACUGAUUUAAGCUUUCCCAAUUUACAAAUUCUCAUUUAUUUGGAUAAGCUAUUGCAGGAUCCAAUUUUAUGAAGAUGAAUGUCUAAC